AAAGGCCUGGCUGGGGAACUACUUCUUUAUUUUUCCUUUUUGGUCAGCGGUUGGCUGUAUCCUCUUUCCACAGUUUGGCAAUGCCGGUGGAUUUCAGUGGAACCUGGAAUCUUGUCAGCAGUGACAACUUUGAAGGUUACAUGGUGGCCUUAGGUAUUGACUUUGCAACACGCAAGAUAGCGAAAAUGCUGAAGCCUCAGAAAGUGAUCAAACAAGAUGGUGAUUCAUUUUCUAUCCACACCACCAGCACAUUCAGAGAUUAUUCACUUCAGUUCAAAGUUGGAGAAGAGUUUGAAGAAGAUAAUAAAGGCCUGGAUAACAGAAAAUGCAAGAGCCUAGUCACCUGGGACAAUGACAAACUUGUCUGUGUCCAGACUGGCGAGAAGAAGAACAGGGGCUGGACUCACUGGCUUGAAGGAGAUGACCUCCACCUGGAGCUUCGUUGUGAGAAUCAAGUAUGUAAACAGGUCUUCAAGAGAGCAUGAAUGUGUACUGGUUCCUCCAUGGAGAGACAGCUGUAUACAGGAGACUCUGCAUCCUCAUGGCUGUACAGACAAGAACUGAUUCCUUCUACCUGUUCACCUACAUGGUCUGGUGAUUCAGGCUCAGGAAAUAAACCUGCUGUUGCCAGUGUUAAAGAUCUGAUUUUUUGCUAAUAAAUGCCCACAACCAAACCAGUCUUAAGAACCUG